CAAGCGCUCAACACUUUUGGCUCGAGAGCCAUGUUCUGCUGCUGCUCCACCGAGAAUGAGGAGCAGCAUGUGGACCUCAGCCCGGACGCCCUGAGAAAUCGGGGCCUCGUGGAGGUCCAAAAGACCUUCGCCGACGAGGAUCUGAAGGUUUUCACUGUGACGCUCCAGGGCAUCCUGGGCAUCACGGUGGACCGCUCCGAUGGGCAUCGGACGCUCGUGCGCGAAGUGUCCGGUGGGGCGGCUUCUGUCUGGAAUGACCAGAACCCCGGGCGGCGUAUUCUGCCCUUUGAUCACAUCUUGGAAGUGAACGGCGAGCGCUGCCUUGGAGAAGACAUUACCGGCAAAUUUGAAGGGAAGGAGGUGACGCUAAAGCUGCAGCGCCCCCAUGUGCGCACGGUGGUUCUGGAGAGACCAGGCCGCUUGGGUAUUGACGUCAACUACCGGAAAACCUCUUUGACUCCCUGGAUCGCCGCCAUUAGCGCCGGCUUGGUGGACGAUUGGAACAAGAAACAGCCGGACCUGUGCGUGCUUCCGCAUGACCGCAUCUCGGAGGUGAAUGGCCAGUCUGGGACCAUCGAAACGGUGCUUGAAAAGCUGCGCUCCGCGGAGAAGCAGAUGAUCCUGACGGUCAUGCACUACGACGAGAUCUGAAGCGAUAGCCCUCAAGUCUCAUAUCUCGACCUCGGGGCGUUUGCGACCGACCCACGGAGGAGGCAUUUUCCUCGGACCCGCUGAUUUUGUGGUUGGUCUUGCAUUUGUGUGCACACAUUUCGCAACGCUUUACUUGGCAGAGCUUUGGACCAAGAGGGCCGCCUCUUGGGCAGCUGGGCAGGUCUCGUUUCACCGCGCUUGCUUCGCUCUCUCAGCCGCGUAGAGACAUCCGACGGAUCUCAUGAAGGUGCCCGAGC